AUGAACCACAACAACACAAGCAGCAGUAACAGCCAGCAGCAGCAAUCAAGUGAAGCAAGACACGAUGAUGAUGCUGCUCUCACUGAAUUUCUCGCUUCUUUAAUGGAUUACACUCCCACUAUUCCCGAUGAAUUAGUGGAGCAUUAUUUGGCUAAAAGUGGGUUUCAAUGUCCUGAUGUCAGAUUGGUUAGAUUAGUAGCUGUUGCGACGCAGAAGUUUGUUGCAGAGGUUGCAACUGACGCUCUUCAGCAAUGCAAGGCACGACAGGCGUCAGUAGUUAAAGACAAAAGGGACAAGCAGCAAAAGGAGAAGCGCCUGAUCUUGACAAUGGAGGAUCUGUCGAAGGCACUGCGUGAGGUGGACCUAAUUUCUCUGUUAGCCCUUGCUAAUGGUGUAAACGUGAAGCACCAGGAGUAUUUUGCUGAUAGCCCAUCAACUGGGGUGGAUCCUCCUUCAAGAGAAGAGUGA